AUGAAAAUCUUUGUAGUUUUGUUAGUUUUAUGUGUGGCGGAAAUCCAUUGUGGACUUGUGAAUAAUCUUAUUGAAAAUAAAGAUAACAAGAAACCAGACUUAAUAAAUAAAAUAGUACAAAAUCUUGAAAAUGGCACUACUAUAAUUGAGGAUGCUUUCGGUUCAAGACACAAAGCCAAUCAAACUACAGCUGAAGAUAAAAAAUUAAAAGAUGGCCUACCAUUGGUUAUCGAUGACGUUUGUGUAAUCGAGGAUGAUCCCAAAAGAUGUGUAUAA